AGCUAUCCCCACACAACAUUAUCGUCCCCCUCGUCGAUCACUCUUCUUCCUCCGCGCCCCUCCAUCCGCACCGCACACGCGCACAAGCGACCAGAGCUUAGCUCAGCUUAGCUUACACUGUCGCCCCCCUCCUCGCACGGAGGCGAACACACACAAACCGAAGCCCUCCCAACCCCCCUUCAAACGCGCAGAGAGCCAUGGAGAGUGGCGGCAUCAUUGCGGCAUGUACUCGCCAAUGAUUGAUCUCUCAUCGUCUCUUCUUCCAACCACCUCCGCGUCCUCGUCCUCGACCUCGCCUCCCUCCCUUGCCUGCGCGGCUGCCCGCCUUGUCUCCCCAAAAUGACCAGCAACAGCAGCCAGAACAUCAGCAGCUGCAGCACCGGCGGAAGCGACGCCGCGGUCGGGAGCAGCUGGCUCGGCUUCUCGCUGUCGCCUCACAUGGCGGCGACCAUGGACGGCGGCGCGGCCGACGGCUCCAGAGGCGUUCCGGGGCAGCAGCCCCACGGAGGCCUCUGCUACCCUCCGGUCGUCUGCUCCUCGCCCGCGCCCUUCGGCUACGCUCUCGGCGGCGGCGGCCAAGAUUGUCCCGCCAAUGGUGGCGGGGGUUUCUACCCCGGGCUCUCCUCUAUGCCGCUCAACUCCGACGGCUCCCUGUGCAUCGUGGAGGCCCUCCAUAGGAGCGAGCAAGAACGUCACGGUGUGAUGGUGUCCCCAAAGCUGGAGGAUUUCUUGGGGGCGAGCACCGCGAUGGCGCUGAGCUUGGACAGCUCCAGCUUCUACUACGGCGGCGGUCACGGCCACCACGCGCACGGUGACGGUCACGGCCAUGACCAAGGCGGCUACCUACAGCCGCUGCAGUGCGCCGUGAUCCCCAGUUCCGGUGGGCACGACGUGUACGGCGGACACAGUCAUCUGGUGGACCAGCAGUCCGCCGUGGCAAUGGCGGAGAGCUGGUUCUCAGCCCGCGGCGGCGGCUACGACGUCAACGGCGGCGGCGCGGGCGACAUCGUGCCGCUGCAGGGCCACACGCACCCGCUGGCCCUUUCCAUGAGCUCCGGGACGGGGUCGCAGUCCAGCAGCAUCACCAUGCAAGUCGGCGCCCACGCCGACGCCGUCACCGAGUACGUCGCCACGGACGGGAGCAAGAAGCGCGGCGGCGGCGGCGGCAACGCCGGGCAGAAGCAGGCCGUCGUCCACCGCAAGUCCAUCGACACAUUCGGGCAGCGCACGUCCAAGUACCGCGGCGUCACCAGGCAUAGGUGGACGGGGAGGUAUGAGGCGCACCUCUGGGACAACAGCUGCAGGAAGGAAGGCCAGGCCCGGAAAGGCCGGCAAGUUUAUCUCGGCGGGUAUGACAUGGAGGAGAAGGCCGCGAGGGCGUAUGACCUGGCCGCGCUCAAGUACUGGGGCAAAUCCACGCACGUAAAUUUCCCGGUCGAGGACUACAGGGAAGAGCUGGAGGAGAUGGAGAACAUGACCAGGCAGGAGUACGUCGCUCACCUGAGAAGGAAAAGCAGCGGCUUCUCGCGCGGCGCUUCCAUCUACCGGGGAGUGACCAGGCAUCACCAGCACGGGCGGUGGCAGGCGCGCAUCGGCCGCGUCUCGGGCAACAAGGACCUCUACCUGGGAACAUUCACCAAUCAGGAGGAGGCGGCGGAGGCGUACGACGUGGCGGCCAUCAAGUUCCGGGGCCUCAGCGCCGUCACCAACUUCGACAUCACGCGGUACGACGUCGAGAAGAUCAUGGAGAGUAACACGCUGCUCCCGGGCGACCAGGUCCGGCGCAAGAUGGAUGGCCAGGCCGCCUCCGCGGUCUCGGAGGCCGACGCCGUAGCCAGCGCCACCGCGGCGCUGGUGCAGGCCGGCGGCCGCUGCGUGGCGGACACCUGGAAGAUCCAGGCAGCGGCGCUGCCAGCAGUCGCGCGGGGCGGCGGCGGCGGCCAUGAGCAGCAGCAGCAGCACCAGGACCUGCUGUCGAGCGAGGCGUUCUCGCUGCUGCACGACAUCCUGUCCGUGGACGCUGCUGGGACGGGGAGCGGCAGUGCCAACGCGCACAUGUCGAACUCGUCUUCGCUGGCUCCCAGCGUGAGCAACUCCCGGGAGCAGAGCCCGGACCGGGGCAGCGGCGGCCUCGCCAUGUUCUUCGCCAAGCCCGCGGCCGCGGUGCCCAGGCUGGCCUGCCCGCUGCCGCUGGGAUCCUGGGUCUCGCCGUCGGCCGUGUCCUCCGCCAGGCCCGGCGUGUCCAUCGCGCACCUGCCGAUGUUCGCCGCGUGGACCGACGCAUGAAGAAAACAUCCAUGGCUUUAGAAGGGUACGGUGGAGGUGGAUAGGCAAAAACUGUGGUUCUUUUGGUUUGCUUAGCGCAUGCUUAUUAGCCGGGUAACGUUUAGUUGCGUAGUGGAGCGGUAGUCUAAUCUAAUCAAGCAUAUGUCAGGAACUAGAAUUAGCCAUGCGUGGCUGUGCUUGGCCUCUUGCGAUUCCUCCAUUUGUGUUGGAGGUUUCUUUUUGUAAUGUUGGGGCUAGCAGCAGCAUGGUUCCGCUCCUAUAGGCAACACUAAUUUGGAGUAGGAUAUGGUUAGUGUUGAUCUCCUAACCUCAACUACGAAGAUAUGCCAAGUAAGACAAGUUUAAACUUCUGCUCAA